AUGGAGCAGGAGGAGCUGCUGACCCCGCGCACGUUCCGCUUCGUGGUGGGCGUGAUCCGCUCCGUGGGCUGGUGGCCGCCCGCGGCCCGCUCCCGCGGCUACCGCGCCUGGACCGCCGCCUGCCUGCUGCUGCUGGCCGCCAUGUUCUCCUUGCACGUGGUGCACGUGUGCGUGUCCCUGGGCGACCUGCGCGUCUUCGCCGAGUCCUGCUGCCUGCUGCUGUCGCUGCUCAACCUCUGGUUCAAGGUGGCGCACAUGCUGGCGAGGCAGCGCGAGGUGGCGCGCCUGGUGGAGCGCGCGACGCGCGAGGUACCCGCCGCCCUGCAGCGGCGCUGCCCGGGGCUGGCGACCCGCGCGUCGCGACGCAUCCGCGCGCUGGGCGCGUCCUUCGUGGGGCUGUCGCACGCGUCGGCCGCCUUCUGGAUGCUGUCGCCCGCGGCGGGCCGGCUGCUGGACCCCGCGGCGACCCCCGCGCUGCCGCUCAACACGUGGUACCCCUACGACGCGCUCGGCUCGCCCGCCGCCUACUGGGGCACCUACUGCCUGCAGGUGUGCACGCUGUGCGUGGUCGUGUCGUCCUACUCGGCGCUCAGCAUCAUCUACAUCAUGCUGAUAGUCGCCGGCGGGGCCAGGUUCGAGAUGGUGUCGGAGCUGCUGCGGUCUGCGGGCGAGGAGGAGGCCGGUCCCACCGGGUGGGCAGUGGACAGCUCGCGCGGCGUCUGGGUCGAGUGCAUCGACUUCCACCAGGCAGCCUUCGAGUUCGUGAAGGAUCUCGACGACGUGUUCAGCCCAGUGGUUCUGGUGGAGUUCCUCGUCUGCUUGGGGAUCAUCUGCCAGGCUGGCUUCCUCGUCAUGGUGAAAUCCAAGGACAUCUCCGACUACAUCAAGUAUUCCGGCUACCUCGGGACCACUGUGUUGGAAUUGUUGCUCUACUGCUGGUAUGCCAACGAGAUUGUACAUCAGAGCAGCGACGUGCAGGCGGCGGCCUACGACAGCCCGUGGCACCGCGGCUCGGCGCGCCACAAGAUGGCGGUGCGCAUGGUGGUCGCGCGCUCCCAGAAGCGGCUGUGCCUCACCGCCGGCGGCAUGCACGCCAUCUCGCUCGACACCUUCACCGGGGAAAGACCACAGCAUGAAGCGAGGAACGACUCCGUCUUCUUGGAGGAAGCCAGGACAGGCGGAGCGGCACCACUGAAGCGGCCCGCGCACGUCCAGUACACCUGGUACGUUAUCUGA